AGGAAACACUACCAAGCAAUCGGACCCGAACUCGAAUGGUAAUGAGCCAAGGCCGAAUGAAUCAUUUCCCAUGUCUGUAGUCAAGCGCCCCCCCUUUCACACAGUCUUUGCGGGGGUUUAGGGUUUUAGUGCAUUUUUAAAACGAGGGCAGCCUCCACCCUCUCCUUUCUCCGCAUUACGAAGAUCAUCUUCACCACCACAACCACACAGAACAACAUGCAAGAUCCAGUAUACGAAGUCACAAGUGUGAUCAAGGGAAUCGUUCAAGCUCAAAAUGCAACAUUACAACGUGAUACACUAAGAAAAUAUUAUGCUCCAGAUGCAAGUUUCGAUCAUCCGUUUUAUUUGGUAGGCUCAAGUGCAUCUUCAAGAGAGACUGGAAUUUUACCAAUUUAUCAAUGGCAAAGAUGUUUGUAUAUUCCGCAAGUGGAAGUACAUAAUGUUGGAUUUGACAAAGAAUCAAACAAGAUCUUCUUGGAUGUAACGCAAAGAUGGGUACCUACAUUCUUGCCAAAAGCAUUAUAUGCGCCAACAUUGCGUUCUAUCAUCGUUUUGUACCUACAACGUGGAGCAGAUGGACGAUUUUAUGUCAAACGACAGGAAGAUUAUUAUCAGCCACAAACAUUACCUGGAAAGCUCAUACCCGGCUUUGAUAUCGUCAUCCUGCUGUCUAAGCGCAUUUGUACUUUCAUCUGCUUGCUUUUGGCACUGUUUUGCAGAGUUGUAUUUCGACAUUGGCGACCGGUAGCACAAUAAAGUACACAAUCUGUAUAAUACAUAACAUUCUUACAAAUACAGU